AAUUGGAUAACUUCGUUUUCAGGUUACCUGAAUUAGAAACUCUCAGCAAAAUUUUCAGCUUUUCAAUAAUUGAUAUUCUGAUCCUUUUCAAUAAGUUCGUAUUUUUUCUCUUUACCAAUCCUUAUUGAUCAUCUAGUUCAUCAGAGUAUACUUACUUGAGUAUCUCUGCAUCUAUUCAACGACCUUAUAUCUAUAUUAUAAUUUGUUUACAAAAGUCAUUCAAACAUCUACAAUACUUUGAAGCAAAUUUAGAGUAAUUUACCAUGACAGCUGCUGCGAACGAACAAGCGAUUUUGGUCGAAGAAUCUCUCAAUAAGAUUAACACAGCUCCUACAUCUGCGGAAGUUGAGCAAGCUGCUCAAGCCCUUGCCGAGCUUGUUCAAUCGAAAGGCAUGAUUAUGAUCAAGACCUAUAAAAUCUUCGACAAACUAUUAGCUUCUAUCAAAAACAAAAAGUCAGGUUUAGAACGUGAAGGCGGUUUGAUCGGUUUUAAUGCUAUGGCAGAAGUUAUGACUCAUGAGGUCGAACCAUUAUUGAUCAAUUAUCUUGAGAUUUUUUUGGAUUUAUAUGCGGAUAAGGGUCAGGUUGUCCAAGAGGCUGCAACAGUUGUUUCCCGUACACUCGUUGAUAUGAUACCGCCUGAAGCUACCAAAAUUUUGCUACCUGUCCUUUUUAAAGGUAUGGGGCACGGUUGUGGCAAUUCCAAGAAAUGGCAAACUAAAAUCGGCGCUCUCAAGUUGUUGCAACGUUUUACUGAAAGAGCUCCUGAACAAAUUGGUGAAUGUUUACCAGAGAUCAUUCCCGCAGUGUCUGAUUGUCUCGCAGAUACUAAAAAGGAUGUCGCUACAGUAGCUGAAAAGGCUAUGCUAAAAAUCUGUUCUGUAGGUGGUAAUCCUGAUAUUCAAAAGCACAUGAAGGAUCUUGUCCUCUGUAUGGGGAAUCCAACAUUGGUGCCCGAAACGAUCGAGAAACUUGCCCAGACAACGUUUGUUGCUGAAGUUAAUGGUCCCACUCUAGCUAUUAUGGUGCCUCUUUUAACACGUGCUUUAAAUGAACGUUCAACUACUAUUUUACGACAAACAGUUGUCAUUACUGAUAAUUUAUGUAAGCUCGUUCGUGACCCUCGUACAGCUGCACAAUUUUUGCCUCAAUUGUAUCCUGGUAUUGAUCGUCAAGCUGAAGGUGCUGCCUUCCCGGAAAUUCGCGUGUUGGCAAAUAAGGCUAAGCAGACAUUGAUCGCUGCUGGUGGUGCCCAAGAGAAGUCAGUUGAUGAAUUAACAGAUGUCACCGUUGAAGAAGCUUCUGCUGCUGUCAAGAAGGCUGCCACUAAAGUACAGGGUUUCCUUGAUUCCUUUUUCUUGCCCUUCAUCAAUUAUCUCGGUCAUAUUGCAGCUGAUCUCGCUCGUCAAGAAAUUUUCCUCAAUGACAGAUGGCAUAAAAUAUUCACACCCUAUUUGAAGGCGUUCAUUAUGAAAUCAGAUAUUCCUGCUCUCAUCGACGACGUUCUAAAGGAAGUUCAUACCAUUUUCAAGAGUCGUAAUAAGGAGAGCGACGAUAGUGCGAUCGAUGAACAAGAAGGAGAGGAGAUUUGUCAUGUUGAUGAUUUCUCACUUGCUUAUGGUACUCGCUUAUUGUUAAGUCAUACUAGGCUCAAAUUGCAUCGAGGACAACGUUAUGGUCUUUGUGGCCAGAAUGGUGCUGGUAAGAGUACUUUAAUGAAUGCAAUUCAUAAUGGUAAAGUUGAAAACUUCCCUCCUCAAGAGGAAGUACGUACCGCUUUGGUGGAUUACAACUCUCAAGCUGCUGAUCCUUCUUUAAAGAUCGUCGAUUACGUUCUUGCAGAUGAUCUUUUAAAGGAUUUGCCCCGUUCUGAAGUUGAAAAGUCGCUCCGUGACGUUGGAUUCGAUGAUGCUCGUCUUGCUAUGUCUGUAUCUUCACUUUCUGGUGGUUGGAAGAUGAAGCUCGAACUUGCUCGUGCCAUGUUAUCGAAGGCUGAUAUUCUUUUGUUGGACGAACCUACUAACCAUUUGGAUGUGGAGAAUAUCAAAUGGCUCGAAGACUAUCUGAAUGCUCAAACACAAGUCACUUGUCUUAUAGUGUCUCACGACUCUGGCUUUUUGGAUAAUGUUUGUACACAAAUCUUGCAUUACGAGAAGAAGAAGCUUCGUUUGUAUCAUGGUAAUCUGUCCGAUUUCGUCAAGAUCUAUCCUGCUGCUCGUACCUAUUAUACGCUUGAUGCUUCUACUGUUGAAUUCACAUUCCCCAAGCCUUCCGUUUUACAAGGUGUUAGAUCAAACACUAAGGCUAUACUCAAGAUGACAGACUGUUCAUAUACUUACCCUGGUAAUCAGAAACCCUCCCUUAUGAACGCUUCUGCCUCUCUAUCCCUUUCAUCACGUGUUGCUGUCGUUGGCCCCAACGGUGCUGGUAAAUCCACAAUGAUCAAGCUUUUAACAGGUGAAAUGGUUCCUCAAACAGGUACUGUGUGGCGUCAUCCUGCUCUUCGCAUCGGUUACGUUGCUCAGCAUGCUUUCCACCACUUGAACCAGCAUCUUGAAAAGACUCCCACUGAUUAUCUACAAUGGCGUUAUUCCACGGGUGAAGACAAAGAAGUUGCUGAAAAAGAAACUCGUGCUUGGAGUGAAGAAGAGAGAGAACAAAUGGAAAAGCCUAUUUCUGUGAACGGUGAAAUGCGUCAAAUUGAAGCACUCUUAGGUCGUACAAAGCUGAAGAAGACAUUCCAAUAUGAAAUCAAAUGGAAGAAUAAGCUUCCCAAGCACAACAGCUGGUUCUCUCGUGAAAAGUUGUUAGAAUUAGGUUUCCAGAAAUUAGUCCAGCAAUUUGAUGACAAGGAAGCUUCUCGUGAAGGUUUAUUGUAUCGUGAGUUAACCAUGCCUACCAUUCGUCAGCAUUUCGCCGAUAUUGGCCUUGAUCCUGAUAUUGCUCAAUAUACCAAGAUGGGUGCCCUUUCUGGUGGUCAAAAGGUGAAGGUUGUCAUUGCUGCUGCCAUGUGGAACAAUUGUCAUAUGUUGGUUCUUGACGAACCUACUAACUUUUUGGAUCGUGAAGCAUUGGGUGGUCUCGCUACUGCUAUUAAGAAAUGGGAAGGCGCUGUUGUAAUGAUUUCGCAUAGUACAGAAUUUGUUAAUGCUUUAUGCCCUGAAAGCUGGAAAUUGGAAGCUGGAAAACUAUAUAAGAGUGGUGUUUCUGCGGUGGAAGAUGAGACCCACAUUGAUGAAGAGAAAGUGAAGGCAAAGAUUUCAAAAAAGAAGAAGAAAACUAGAAAUGAAAUCAAAGCUCAACAGGAGCGUCGCCGUGCUCGUCAUCUCAAAUGGUUAAUCGAAGGCGGAACCAAAGAACCUGAUACCGAAAGUGAUUAAAAUAUAUAAUUUGCACUAUUUUUGUAUAACAUUAUUUACAUUAUUAUAACUCUGUAGAUUCUCAUAAUCCUUUAUUACAUGUAUAUUCUUAUUUCUCAUAUUCCUUUGCAUCAAAGAGGAAAUUUACUCAUAUAAAUUAUAGACAUUCGUUAGAACUUAUAGAAAUUGAAAAU